UCUUUAAUAGCAUAAUUCGAUUAUGAUGUACCAAACAUUCUUAUAUUAAUGUACUAGACAUUUUACUUUGGUCAUUCUACCGGUGGAAAAUAGAUUGGAAUUGAGAUAUAAAAAAAGAUAAGAAAAGGUAAAUGGUAAACAAAGGAACUGUUCAUUUUUCAUUAUACUCAAAUAGUAUCCCUUUUUUUACUUAUGAAUUGAAUAAAGGGAAAGGAACGAAUAGAGUUCUUUCCUCUAGCUCUAUGAGCUAGAAAUAAUAUCUAUUCCUAUUUAUUCGUAGAAAUAAUGUAGUAGUAAAAAACAUAGAGAUUCAUAAAGUAUUUAGAAAUGUUACUAUGAGUAAGAUUCAAGACGUAAUAAUAUUCAAUAGAAUAGAUAUUGUGAAUAAUCUCUAGUGAAGAGCAAGGAGGAAGAAAAGCUAACUUGCUUUUCCGGCAUUCUGUUGAUAUUUAUUACAUUCAGAAGAUAAUUUUUGGAAAAUAAAAAAAGGGAAUAGAAACAACUUCGGAUUAUCAUGCAUUUACUUAUAUUGUAUUAGUUCGGUUUAACUGAAUAAAAUCUGUGCCAAUAAGGAAUCUUCGAAACCCGAUUUAUUGAAAGGGAUGAUGGAUGAAAAAUUGUUCAUAAAUAUACAAAACAGCGUAUACCCUUUGAUUCUAUCAGAUAGGGUGCUCGGAAAAGGUUGGAAUAGUUAAAUAGGAGGAUUACUAUGACUAUAGCCCUUGGAAAGUCUUCCAAAGAGGAACAAACUUUAUUUGAUAUUAUGGAUGACUGGCUACGCAGAGACCGUUUUGUUUUUGUGGGUUGGUCCGGUCUAUUGCUUUUUCCUUGUGCUUAUUUUGCGCUAGGCGGAUGGUUCACGGGUACAACUUUUGUGACUUCGUGGUAUACUCAUGGAUUGGCCAGUUCCUAUUUGGAAGGUUGUAAUUUUUUAACUGCUGCAGUUUCUACGCCUGCUAAUAGUUUAGCACAUUCUUUGCUGCUAUUAUGGGGUCCUGAAGCACAAGGAGAUUUUACUCGUUGGUGUCAAUUAGGUGGUCUAUGGGCUUUCGUUGCUCUUCAUGGUGCUUUUGGUCUAAUAGGCUUCAUGCUACGCCAAUUUGAACUUGCUCGAUCUGUACAAUUACGACCUUAUAAUGCAAUUGCGUUCUCUGCUCCGAUUGCUGUUUUUGUUUCCGUAUUCUUGAUCUAUCCAUUAGGCCAGUCUGGUUGGUUUUUUGCGCCUAGUUUCGGCGUAGCAGCUAUUUUGGAAUGUUUGAUUGCAUGGUUCCACGAGCUCUUUUAA